AACAGCUGUUCCCAUCUUCUUGUCCGUCAUAAUCUGUUAAAAUCUCCACGUUUUUUUUCUUUUCAUAUUACACUCCAAAUCCUAAAUCAGAUCGAAACAAAACAACUGAUUAGUUUCUAAAAUCAAUCGGAGAUAUGUCGCAAGAUCACGACGAAACAGAGAACAAAUCCUACGCAGACGCCGUCGGUGGCGAUGGCGAUGAUAUCGGAGAAACCGUCAACGGAGAGAAGACGAUGAAUGGUCGCUGCAAAACAGACUCUGUGAAGGUUGAUGAGGAGGAUGGUUCGGAGAGUCUCUACUCCUUGGUUUGCAUCACGAUCGGUUCGAUUCUGUUUCCCGAUUCCAAAACCGGUUACGCCUCAUCUUCUCCUCUGCUUCAACGAAUAAGAAACUCCUUCGCCGAAAAUGGGCCGAAGCUUCGAGAAGCUUCUAAGAAAACUUCACGUGAGAUUCUCCAAUGGACUCGUCGAGGCAGCCACCUUCGUUCACUGCUUGUCAUCACUAUGGGAACAAUAGGUCUUGUUACGACAAUGGCACUGGUUGUGUUCGCGCUCUUCUUUGUAGCUGCGACAUUCAAUGCAAUCAUAAUAUCUCUUUUGGUUUCGCUUGCUGCUGCGGGUGGAUUCUUGGCUCUCUUCUUUCUCUCCUUGGCUGGUAUUUACAUCGGAGCCUUGUCCGUUGCUGCUUUCGUCAUCUCUGCCGUUACAAUAUCAGCGGUUGUUUCCGUUUUAUUUGCUUCAGGUUGGAUUGGGUUUUUCUAUGCUGUGUGGUUGGGAGCAAGAGGAAGCUUGCGCUUGGUGAAACAAUCGCUUUCAGUGAUGGGAGGUAACACUUUCAGUCGUUAUCAACACAAAGGUCGAGAGGUUAGUAUCGAAUCAUCCAGCUGAGGGUAGGAUGAUUAUACAGAGUUUUGGUUGAGCGUGUUGUUAGUGGAAUGUUUUUAUAUAAACGUUUCUUUGUUGCGAAGAAGCAGAGAACCAUAAGAGUAGGUUUUAAAUCAAUGUCUACGUUUGGAUUCUGACUUUCGAUCUGUGUAUGCAUUACAUUUGUGUUUAAUGUACUUAAGAAUAAUGAAUAUACAUUAUGAAAAUUCAACUCA